AUGGUUAGUUUCGCCUUUUUAGACCGGUCUUCGCUACUCUUCCUCCCCCUCUCUCACUUUUUUAUUCUUCCUACCUCUCUAUUUACACUCAUCACCGCCCCCUUUCUUUUACUUUGGCCCCCAUCGACUACUACACAUUUGCUUUCCGCCCGACGCACUACCCCCUUUCAUUUUACCAGAGAUGCCCCUCGAUCCGACGCCCAGCUCGUUCUGGCCGGCCUAGGCUGCCAUACCGUCCAGUCGCCUAGGAGCACAACCUCUGGGAUGAGAUGA